CGGUGAAUGGGCGGGUCCGUUGCGCGUUAGUUAGUCGCCGGAGGCGUGACGUGCAACGUGACGUGUAACUAUGGACCCCGUGUUGUACAUCGUAGCGGCGUUGUUACUGGCUGUGCUGCUGCUCUUCGCUACCAAGUUUCGGGGACACGGAGAGCAAGCUGAUCAAGAGCAGCAACAGAAUGUGGCCCCGGCACCCGCAGCAAGGCCCCGCCCACAGCCAGUGGAUCGAGCAGAGGGGAUGCCGAGACCCAGGAGAAACAGAAUGAUGGCUCAGAGGAGGGCCCAGCACUUGGAAGAGGAGAGAGAAGCAAUAGAAGAAGAUGCAGAUGAGUCACCAGAGGUUCAGACACAAGGGAAAAUUGGUGCCAAAAAGAUGAAGAAGCUGGAAGAGAAACAAGCAAGAAAAGUUCAACGGGAGGCAGAAGAAGCAGAAAGAGAAGAGCGCAAGAAGACAGAAUUCAAACGCGAGGAAGAGAGACGUAAGGAAGAAGAACGGGAACGAGUGGAAGAAGGAAAAAGGGAGGAGGAAGAGCGGAAAGCCAAGGAGGAGCAGGAGAAGAGAGAGUAUGAGGAGUACCUGAAGCUGAAGGAGAGCUUUGUGGUGGAAGAGGAGGGUGUGCAGGAGUCCAUGAGUGAAGAGGAGUCUCGAAGCUUUCUGACAGAGUUCAUUAACUACAUCAAGACAUCGAAGGUGGUGAUUUUGGAAGAUUUGGGGGCACAAUUUGGGCUAAGAGCACAGGAUGCAAUCAGCAGGAUACAAGACUUACUGGCCGACGGCUCUAUAACAGGCGUCAUCGAUGACCGUGGCAAAUUUAUUUACAUUACCCCCGAAGAAUUGACCGCCGUGGCCCGAUUUAUCAGACAGAGGGGGCGUGUCUCCAUCUCCGAGCUGGCCCAGGCCAGCAACAAACUCAUUAACCUGGCCCCUGAUACCACUUCCCUUCCCCUGGAAGUCUCAUGAGAGAACAGGAAGUGAGACCUGCAAAGAAAAACUACGACCUCAGGGGGCUUUUAAUAAACAGAUAAGAGCUUGUUUUUAUGUUGGUAAAUGUAUAUUAAUUUGCAGCCAUAAAAAAUAUUUGCCAGA